AUGUCGAUAGACGACUCCUGGUCUACAGUCAUUCCUGAGCCAAAGAACCGAGAACCCAAGGAGGAAAAAGGCUUAGAAGAGGGAUGUUUCUACGAAAUUGCAAACAAAUUAGACGUAUACCAAAUAAGCGAGUCAGAAGGUACGACGAACGAGCCCUCGAGCACCCUCAGCAGGCAAGAAGAUCAUGAUGAUCAAGGAACCGAGAUUGUAUCCAUCUUAGAAGACGGUUAUGACUACGAGGCGGAUUCCAACGAAUGGAACGAUGUACCAGGCGACAUUGAGUUUGAGAAUAUACCUUCAGCAGACGAUGAUUACGAGUACGAGACAAAUUCAAAUCCUGGGGACAUUGCACCUGGUGAUGAAUGGAUUCCUGUGAGUAACCCAAAGCCAGUCUACCACAACACCCAAGGCCAGAAUCUAACAUGGUUUCUACUGGCAGAGCAAUUAGGCCAGAAGGCUCCGCGAGACGGCACUUACUUCCAAGAAGGGUGGAAAGAAGUUGGUCUUUCGAGAGAAGAAUUUUUGGCUGUAAGUAACACCUAAUCCUACGCGAGCCUCCUUUCCCCAAGGAUAAACUUUUAUAAUCAAAACAGAACUGACUUUUGAUCAGCUUGAACGACAAACGAUCAUCCUACCGGUACCGAGAACUCUUCAACACGGUCAAUUUGGAAGAGUCAGAAAAUCGUUGCGAGAUAUCUACGUCGACUUUCCGACUGUAGGUAAAGUGAUUGAGACCCCGCCGCUGGGAAAUGUCAACAACAUUCACAUAUCCGCACCAGCACACUAUAAGGUCAGUAGUUUCUUCUGCCGACACAAAAAUGCCACUAGUAUCGCGAGAGCGCUGGUAUAUCAGAUGUUCCAAGGCACAGGAAGUGUUGUCCAAGUACGAAAUGACGACAAAGUUAUAGCUCUUCUUCAUUACUACAUCCCUCCAGAGCCAGUGGUGCCAACAGAAGUCAACGGUAGACUUUCUAAACAAUGGAUCUAGAUAAACGAUUAUAUUGACAAUAUCAUAGGUUAUUUCAAAGGCGAGCUGGUAAAAGGUAGCGUGACCUGGGUUGAGAGCGAAGAAGAUUACAAGAAAUUCCUGACUUACCUCCAUGAAAUCAAGAGGAACGUUAUUGAACUAGCUUUGGACUGUGUAGCAUCCCGAGGGCUCUCAAGAAGAGGAAACGUAACGCAUCUGACCAUUUCCGUACAGUCCCUGGACCACACGUGGGUUCUUUGCCACACUAAACUUCCUCUGAAUUUCUUCGACAUAGCAGAUGAAUCCUCUGGAAAAAUACUGCGUUCAAUCCUCGAAGACCCCGAGAUCCAACAACUUUGGUUCGACGUUCGCUCGGAUUCCGAUGCCCUUUUCGGGAUUUACGAAAUCCGCCUCGGGCAUGUGAUCGAUGUGCAACUCAUGGAAGUAGCAGCACGAUAUGGGCUUGAGAGAAUGCGAUCUGGUUUGGCAAGUCUCAAGGAGUGUGUGAGUAAUCGUGGGCACAAGUUUUUAUCCCACACGACAUGCCAAGAAUGGCUUUAUAAUAAACGAAAAGGCCGGGAGUUUUUCCAACAAUAUGGAUAUGAAAUACUCGAGGACGACCCACUUCCAAGCACGGCAAAGGAGUACACAGCUGGGGAUACUUUUAUACUUUUUGGGCUCUAUAAAGAGUAUAAAAAGGAUAAUAUUUUUAUUGGAGAAGCUUUGAAGGUUGAUCUGGGAGCCUUAGUCAAGGAGUAUUCAGAGAAACGAGUUGAAUACAGUCAGGAUUCGGAGUAUAAUCAUGAUACGCUGACUAGAGAAGAAAGAUCGAGCGCACCUGGAUCUUCCGAACUUUCGACUUUGUCGACUAUGAUGGUUUCGUCGCCCCUCGGUAAAAUUCGGAUGAGAUAUAUAAUAAAGACUGGGAGUGGACACAGUUUAUUGAUUAAGUGCUAAACGUGACGAGAGCUGUCGCUGGCGGAGCAUGGGACGAGAUUCAUGACGAGAGAUUCGUUGCUGAUUACAACAUGUUAGUAACACAACCCGUGAAACUGGAUACUUGGAGAUUAGAAGAGAGUCUGUGA